GAUAUCUUGUCGUCGGUAUAAGUUACUUAUGUUCAGAAUUAAGCUGUUCAUAUUGAUGUGAUAUUUGAAUACGAGUACUGCGAUGGAUGUGAACCAGCAACAUCGACAGAUAUUUCUGAUCCUGUGCCUUUUUAGUUGCAUGAAAUUGUUUUAUUCAUCAAAUGUGGUGAUUAACGACCGAAAUUGUAUGACCAAUAACAGUGUGUUUGUCAAUAAAAGCAGCCCUUCAAUCAAUUUCAGUUCCAGCAUAUCUGCUACUUUACUUCGUUCGAGUUGUCUUAUUCAUAUCCAAUAUACAGACUUCCAACCCAUAUUAAAAUACAAUGCUACAGUUAAACUAAUCGGCAAUAAAACAUUGUAUGGAAUGAUUGUUGUUCAUGUGUUUGCUGGGCAUCCGAAUCUAAGUAAACCUGUUGAGACGUUUUAUGCACCAAAUAAAGAAUGGUCUGGACAUUUACCAUCGAGUGAUAUGUAUAUAAAAUUUGUCAGUCUCGUUAAGACAGAGUUUACUAUCAGUAUUUCUGUGAAAGAGUGUUUGAAAAACUGUUAUGAGCUCAACAUGCACAGUAUUAUACCCACAACUAUUGUUGAAUUGCCAAGUCAAUGCAGUACAACUCACUGUUUGGACAAUUACGCUGUCAGCUAUGUUAUUAGAGCAUCUUCACAGUUACAUAUAGAACCUUGCAACUUAUAUUUUCCGGUAACCAGCAACCCGACGAUCUGUAUAACAGUCAGUAGUUACUGUUGUGGAGAUGCAAACAAUUGUCAUAUUGCAACAAUCAGUGUUGAUCAUGCGGUGUAUUUUACUUUAGACAGGGAAAUAUUAAGACCUUGGUGUCUUCCUUGGACAAUAUCAGGAAGAACUUUAACAUUUAACUGGAAAAAUAAAGGUGUGAUCGAGCACACCGUCUGCACUGUGACAAUAUACACAAACACAAGCAAUCACGGGAAGUGCUCCUUAACAACAACGACAGUGUCCUCAAAUAGUGUUGGAAAAGAACAUAAUAGUGUGCUUAUAGCCACAGUUGCUGUUGCAGUAGUAGCUAUACUCGUCCUAUCGACAAUAAUCGUAGGAUACUUCAUAAUAAGCAAUAGGCGUCAAACAGCUGAAUCUGGACAAAUUGUUAACUACUUCCACCAUCAAUCAUCAGUUCAAGUUGUGACACCACCACCUUAUAGCAUUGCAAUAAGAGAUAGUCCUUUGUCCAAUUCAAACGAUACUAACAACAACCCUGCUGAAUCGGGGUAUGUUUCAGAAGUAUCAUUGACCAGAAGUGAUCCAUCAGAGAACAUAAUACGGAAUAUUGAUGAUUUAGAUCCAGACAUGGACUGCCCACCGCCUUAUUGCGUGUCUUCAAACGACAACACAACAUGAUAGGAAAUUUGAUUGGUUUAUAUCUGAUAAUUAUAAAGGUUUUAUUCGAAAACUGGUAACUGAUAUCUCUCAAAAACAAGAAGAACGCAAAUUUUGGGGGUAAUUGCCUCAAAAUUUUAGGAAUUAGGGGCCACAAAGGGGAAAAAAAACCAAACAUUUUUCUAGUUUCAGGACAAUAACUUGUGUGUAAGUGUAUGGAUCUUUCUGAAAUUGUACUACAAGGUUCCAUAUCACAAAGGGAAAGCUUGAAUUGAGUUUGGGGGUAAUUGCCCUAAACGUUUAGGAAUAAGGGGCCAAAAAUAAGCAUUUUUAUAGUUUCCAGACAAUAACUUGUGUUCAAGUGUAUGGAUCGCUCUGAAAUUGUACUGCAAGGUACAAUACCACAAAGGGAAGGGUGGGAUUGAUUUUGGGGGUAAUUGCCUCAAAAUUUUAGGAAUUAGGGGCCAAAAAGGAGCAAAAAACAAGCAUUUUUCUAAUUUGAGGACAAUAACUUGUGUGUAAGUGUAUGGAUCUUUCUGAAAUUGUACUACAAGGUUCCAUAUCACAAAGAAAAAGCUGGGUUUGAGUUUGGGAGUAAUUGCCCUAAACGUUUAGGAAUUUGGGGCCAAAAAGGGGCCUAAAAACAAGCAUUUUUCUAGUUUCCAGACAAUAACUUGUGUUCAAGUGUAUGGAUCUCUGAAAUUGUACUGCAAGGUACCAUACCACAAAGGGAAGGCUGGGAUUGAGUUUGGGGGUGAUGAAUCAUAAGGGGGUUCAAAAAAUUUGGGGGAGGGAUUUAUUUUCCUUUUUUUUUUCUUUAAAAUUUUCCAUUUUAAAUUGGUUAUUUCUGAUUUAUAUAUAAAAGCAAAUAAUAAUGAUAUGGUUUGAAUAGGUAAAUUAAAAAUUUUUAAGUUCUUAGACCACAUUCAUUCUGUGUCAGAAACCUAUGCUGUGUCAAAUAUUUAAUCACAAUUCAAAUUCAGUGCUGUAUCAAGCUUGAAUGUUGUGUCCAUACUUGCCCCAACUGUUCAGGGUUCGACCUCUGCGGUCGUAUCAAGCUGCGCCCAGAGGAGCAUUUUAUUUUAUUUCAAUAUGCUCUUAAACUUCGUAAUUGAUUUUUGCUUUUCAACUUUUUUGAUUCGAGCGCCACUUAUUAGUCUAAUGUAGACUAAACGCACAUAUGGCUAACAAAUUAUAAACCUGGUAUCUUUAAUGAGUGGUUCUUACUAUGUAAGAAUCAACCUGGUUAAAGCGAUAUGCAUCAAGAUAAACUACGAGACAUUAACAUCACCUUAAGACUGUUUGAGAUUGGAUUAUCAAUUAAAAAUACAUAGCUGCUUAUUUUAUCAACUUAAACAUGUAAACUGUACCUAUUUAUUUUUAAGCUGUCUCAAAAAAUUUGUAGUUACUUCUAAUUCACAACAUUUGUAGUCACAGUCACAAACAUUUGCCAUGGCGUCAGUUUCUCUCGACUUAUGAACGUGUCCAUUACGUGUUUGUUAUUUUUUUAUUUCUACUGAAACAUGUUCUUGUAACUUUUUUUCUUCAAGCUUUGAACAACAGUCCCUCCCAAAAAGAGAUAUCAAUUAUUGAUUUUAACGAUUGCAUAAGCGGUAUUUGACACAACUUUUGAAAAUUAUCAGUUUUGCAUGCUCGUCAACUUCGUAUUUGAUUUGACCUUCCAACUGUUUGUAUUCGAAUAUCACUGAUGAGUCUGAUAUAGGCUAAAUGCGCGUCUGGUGUACCAAAUUGUAAGCCUGGUAUCUUUGAUUAGUUUUAAAACCAUUUGUCAAUGAAUUAUACAUUAAUGUAUCAUCAACAGUAAAUGUUGGUGUCAUAUUUUAGUAAUAUAACUUCAUAUCGAGUAACAUUAUGUAUCACGUAUGCAAAUUACUCUUGCUAUGACUUUUUGUAUCUUUUGUUUCAUUACGUCAUUGCAAAUAAAGGGAGACGAUCGAUUUUUUUUUAAUAAUUGGUCUAUGAUUAAUACAGUACUGUUCCAUAAAACUUUUGAUAGUGUCUGAUAUUGGUAAAGCAUUAUGUAAUAUGUAUUUAAAUUAUGUAAGUUAAUUUAUUCUUGCCAUAAAACAUGAGUGAAUAACAUGAUUUGAUAGACAUUAAGAGAGCGUUCACGAGAGAGAAUAAUAAGUGGGAAAAUAUUACUAGUAACCUACCUUUUUAAAUAAAUAAAUAAAUUUACUU